AUGGAGCUUAAAGCUUCGUCUCCAAAACCAGAGUCUGUUGCCCCAUCUGAUUGCGCUAGUGAUCCCGAAGAGAAGGAAGUGAGCGAUGACGAUGACGAUGAUAGGAAUCAUAAGCAUCGGAGGAAGGAUGAUCAUUCUCAAUCAUUGGAGAGAGAUGUUUUAGAUCCUGCAAUUAACAGACCAUUCAGAAAGCGUAACAAAAAUUUUGGGAACCGUCAUCCAUUUAGAGAAAAUGAAUCUAUGGCCUUUGAAACACUGAAAACUUACAGCGAUGCCUCUACAGAUAAAGAUUUUUAUUCCAAGUUCGAAAGAAGGCGCCCUGGGAUGACUUCAGUUCCUCGAGCACCUUUUGAUAUGAAUCAAAGGUUACGGCCAAACCAAUCAUUUGCUGGAGAUCCUGGCGCUGGUAGGGGAAGAGGCAGGGAAUCUGGUUUUUGGAAUCAUCGUGAAUCUAGGUUCAGCUCAAUUGAUGUUGCUUCACAAAUGGUUCAGCAGGGAUCCUUUCCUCCAGCCCUUUAUACUGGACGUGGGUUACCAAAUAUAUCAAAUGCACAAAAUGCGUCUUGGAAUACAUUUGGUUUAAUUCCAGCCGUACCUAACAGUGGCUUAGACAUGCUUCAUCCAAUGGGUUUACAAGGAGCGCUCAGACCACCUAUUAAUUCAUCUUUAAAUGUGAAUAUUCCCCGUCAACGAUGCAGAGAUUUUGAGGAACGUGGAUUUUGCCUUAGAGGGGACAUGUGCCCUAUGGAACAUGGUGUUAAUCGAAUUGUCAUUGAAGAUGUUCAGAGUCUUUCACAGUUCAACCUUCCUGUUUCGCUUUCAAGUGCACACCUAAUUGGAGCACCUGCUGGAGCUGGAUCGCUAAAUUCAGUAAAUGCUUCAACUGCUUCAAUGAACAGCAAAUGUAAAUCUGGAAUAGUUUCCAAGUCCGUUGUCAGUGAUGUUGGUUUGCCCAUGGAUGGUGAAUAUCCCGGUCCUGGUUGCACAAGCGGAGCUGAUCUUUAUGAUCCAGAUCAACCACUGUGGAAUGAUAGGGGUCUGGAAUCUUCAAAUGCACUCCUAAAUAUGCAGUCAUCAAAGAUUGAUGAUGCCGAGCCUAUGUCUUGUGAUGCUCCAAAUAGUGUUUGUCCAGUCGAAGCUACCAGAACUUCAGUCAGUUUACAGGGUGCCAGUUCAUCUGUCUGGGGCAGAAUUGGUAGUUCAAAAACUAGAUUUGGCGCGAAAGAAAAAUCUAAUCCUACAAUGAGCUCUUUCCAUUUUCUUGAUAAUCAAUCAAAGGAAGAUAAUGAUGAAUUAAUAGGUCCUCGCAGCACUUCCGGUCAAGGUAACCAAAUCAUAGCAGAUGAUGCCAUCCCAAGAGCCUUGGAAGCAUCUUUGAAGGCACAAGCUGAUAUGCGUCACAUACGUAAACCAUCACAGAAGGCACUGCGUACUCUAUUUGUAAAUGGGAUACCUCAUAAGAUUAACAGUAGGGAGUCUCUUCUUGCUCAUUUUCAGAAGUUUGGGGAAGUUACCGACAUUCAUAUUCCAAUAAACAGUGAACGAGCUUUUGUCCAAUUCUCCAAGAGGGAAGAGGCUGAAGCUGCUUUGAAGGCACCUGAUGCUGUAAUGGGCAAUCGUUUCAUCAAGCUGUGGUGGGCUAAUCGUGACUGUUUUCGUAGUGAUAAUUCUACUGCAAGUGGGAAUGGUGCAACUGUAACUCCCCGCGGGCAACCUCCCACUUUCGUUCCAUCUCAUCCAGUGGCCACUGAUAGGAGAACUGAUGCUUCAAGGACUAUGUUUGAAGGAUCAUCACCUUCGGAUUUACCAAAGCCAGUCAUUGCAGAUGCACCCAAGGUUGCGCCUCCUUUACAGAGUAAGCUUGAAAGCUUAGAGCAUCUAAGGGAACAAAUGCGCAAGAAGCAGGAAAUUCUGGACCAAAAGCGUAACGAGUUCAAGCGCCGGUUGAUCAAAUUUGCAAAACAAGCUACAGGACCCAAGGGUGAAGUUGUUACUGAGCAAUCUGCCAAGAGACUCAAAACGAGCAUGGCGUCUAAUGUAGUCAAACUGGCUUCUCCUCAGUUGUCUGAUGCUAAUAUUGGUAUGUCAUCUCCACAUGCGGAGACAACAGUGGAUAAGAAUAAACAGUUGGUCAAGACUGCUUCUCAAAGUCCUAAAGCGAAUACACCAAUGAGACUACAGGAACCUACAGGCUUGAGGCAGUCAAUUCAACCAUUAGUGCUUAUUAAUAGAUACAAAUUGGAUAACCGUCCCACUGCAUUUAGAAUCAUCCCACCUUUGCCAGUUGGUCUAGCAAAUGUUGCUGCUUUGAAGGAACACUUCUUACCAUAUGGUGAACUUUCCGCUGUAGAGCUAGAAGAUGUGAUAGUCAAUGACAGUAGCGAGCAAGAGGCACGUCUAAAUUUCACUACUCGUGGGGCAGCUGAGCAGGCCUUUAUAAAAGGUAAAUGCUGGAAAGACCAUAGCCUUAAAUUUGCGUGGUUGGCACCUGCCAAUUCUGGCAAUGGCAAUGCCACUGUUAGUAGAGAACGUUCUCUAUCUGCUCCUCCCAGGGAGCCCUUGGAUACAGAAGUCCAAUCUGAAGAAAAGUUGGGAAACUCUGACAAUGUCUGUUGA